GAAGUGCCAGAUAAGGCAGAGUACUGGAUCAUGAAGAACGACCUGCUGCAGAACAUCAACGGGGCCAAACUCAAGAACAGCAUCAAGGAGGCCAGGAACCUGCUGACGCGCAUACAGGGGAAACCCGAAUGCGCUGGUGUCGUCUCCAACCUGUCCAAGCACAUGGCCCUCGUGGAUAAGGUACUGAAGAUCCGGAAGGAAGUCAUCAUGAAUGGGAGUGUGCCGGACGAUGACAUCGCCAAGAACAUGGAUCCAAUUCUCGCGCUCAAGUGCGGAGGGGGCGAUCGGCUGGACCCCGCCUACAAAUUCGCCCUCGUGAGCCGCAAAUGCAACCUCUUGGCCCCUCCAGAUGCCGUCAUAGACGAUUCCAAUUCCAUGGUCAUCAAAGAGCUCUGGCAGAAAAUCCGCCCGUGGAGCGCCACCGUGGACCUCGCGGUUGACUCGCUCGCGGAGUUCGACGCGCUGCAGGAGAACACCUUGCCGGACUCCUUCCAGUCGCAGGGUCAGGGCGGCAUCGCUGAGUCCAGUCAGGGACGAUGGUCGGGCUGCAUGGAUUUGUCGACUGAGCCGUUCGAUCCGUUGAAACCGAAGCUCUCGUCCAUCGCCGCCAAGACCGCCGCGGAGUGCAGCAAGAUGACGCCGGCACUGGUCGUCGACCAGUUGAUCUGCAGCGCGAUCCUUAAGGACGAGGGCUACAGGAAGAUUGCCUACUGCAUCGCCAAGCACCUCGCGGAGGCAAUUGGGCAUGCUUUACAGGCGUGCCUCGUGCCUCCUCACCGCGCAGUGUGCGCUUUCGACUUGCCAACGUCUGCGGGGCAAAUCAUGUUCUUGAUGGACGUGGGGGAUGGGAAAGUGGCCGCGGAGAAGAGCGAUGCGAACCAGACCCAGAGGAGCGUGAACGCUGCCCUUGAGACAUCAGAGCGGUGGAAUAAUCAGAUCGCCUUCGCGACCUCGGCGUGCGAGGCAACCAGGAAGAUCUUCAACAACCUGGGCCCCAUCGACACUGCCAUCACCGCCUACUUGGCCACGGACCCCGAGGAGUUGGAGAAGCUCGCGUUCCACCCCCCGUGGGAUGAGAUGACUCGUCUUGUGGGUAACUACCACAGUUGGCGGGCCACCACUAACCGCUGCGUCGGGUCGGCUUUCGAGGAUACCUUGUCGAAGUUUGUCCGCAGCAUGGGUUUCAUCAAAAUUGGAUUCGAGAAGUUGCAGUCGAAAGGUCAGCUCAACCAAUCCAUUGACCAGGUCAUCCAACUGCUCACCGUGGCGGUCAAGCAGUUCCCCGAGGAGCCGUCGUUGCACGUUAUACUGGAGUCGCUCAAGUCGUUGAAGCUAGAGAAGAGUACCCUCCAUUUCAGCCUGAGGUUGGAGACUGACUGCAGGGACCUCCAGGCUGCCAUCCAGACCAAACCCGAAACCUACGACGCCGAGGCCAUGACAAAGCUCAAGACAACGGUGACCGAGCUCACGAACACCAAGCUGACUACGGAAGCCAAGAGGUGCUUGUUCCAGACAGUCAUCUCCGCGUCGGGUUGGGUAUUGAACAAUUGGGUCGACGCUGAUGAUAAGGCGACGGUCGACCUGGAUUUUGCAAAGGACGUUACCUUGAUGAGCUGUGAAUUAAUUAAGAUUGGUACUCCAGAACCAAGGGUGCCUGCUCACGAGCUACGUCUCCUCGGACUUCUCUUGAGAGACCUGAAGGCCUGCAGGGAGACAGAGGAUUUCCUUCGAAUCCAGGGGCUGAUGGGCGAACCAGGCAAGGAGAGGGAGCUCGUGCAGAACGGCGCGCACGCAGGGUACCGCUCCAUCUCCAAGUUCGCAUCCUUGCAGCGAGAGUCUCUCAAGACGCUGCAGGCCUUCGUGAACAAUUCGAACUUCGCUGACGCAAAGGAGGCGUUCACACGGUUCCUGGGUGACCAGGUGCGGUACUGGGAGAACCAGGUCGAAUCGCUGGUCGGCCUCGUGCAGUCCGGGGAGGAGGCUGCGCUGAAGCUCGAGCAAGACAAACUGAGGGCGACGGCUGGUGGCGGGGUGGACGGCUUACCGUGGCACGCGAACUUGCCCGAGGGAGUGGAGGAUUUCGGCAGCUUGGUCCAGGCGGAGGUCCUCGCCAACUACCCUGCCAGGACACAGCGGCAGCUCAAGACGGACCUGGAGGAGGCAACCAAGCAGUACACGGACACUGUCAACUUUGUCCACGGCGAGGUCAACAAGAGCCUCGUGGACGAGACUAGGGUGCUCGGGGAUCGCGUGAUGACGACGGAGUGCGAGAGCCUGAUCUUGCAUGCGGCCAGGUCGAAGAGUUCGCCGAUCCAGGUCGCGGCGGCGAUCACGGUUCAGAACGGGAAGCUGCAGCCUUUGAAGUCAAAGGACUCGCUGCGCCACGUGUUCAUCAAGAAGCGCAUCGAGCGCGCCAAGACGGGCAAGUAG